AACUAAAGGCGUUGGCCGCCUGCUUUAAGGACUGGAAGAAGGUAAACGCAAUCGCACUAUCCGAAAACUGUACAUUGGUGGCAUUUGACGUCAGCUAUUUUGCACAUUCCGAAACUUCCAUUUUUGUUCGUGUCUUUCGAUACUAUGUGGAAAACUGAGUUCUACCGCCUUGAGCUGCUAGGAAAAGGUAAAUCUGCCGGCGUUUAUCGAGGAAAGUGUAAUAGUAAAGAUUGCGCAGUAAAAAGAGUUCAACGAGAAAAAGUCAAAGAAUGCGAAGAAAAGGUUAUGGAAAAUUUGAAAGGUCAUCCAAACAUCGUCGAGCUUCUCUACUGUGAACCAGUUGGAGAAUUCGUUCACUACGUAUUGGAAUUGUGUGCCGCCUCAUUAGAAAAGCUGUUCCUGAAACCGGAUGACCCGGAACGAUACAAAGGACCGCCCAUGCCACAUGAUCUCCACAUUUUCCAUCAAUUAGCUUUAGGUCUCGAGUACAUCCAUUCGAAGAACUUAAUUCAUCGAGACAUUAAACCGGAAAACAUCCUUAUCUCGGUGCGAGGCGCCGGCCAAGACGCCGAGAUAACAAUCAAGUGGGCAGACUUUGGGCUGUCCAGAGAAGUGAAUAAAGGGGGAAGCUUCUCGACCAACGGUGGAGUCGUAGGAACUGAAGGCUGGGAAGCUCCCGAAAUAGGGGAGAGUGGGGCUAGUUGGCAGGAGGGCAAGUUUGCAAUUCUUAAUUUAGACGAAUUGUGUGAAAGAGGUUUUAUUGAAAUAAUUCAUAGUCAAAGAUGUUUAUCGUGCGCACAUUUGUAUAAUAAUUGA